AUGGUCUUUGAGGGUGCAAAUCAGUUCAGGAAAGCAGUGACAGAUUAUGCUGUAGAGUACAUGAGGCAGAUAAAGUUAAGACCUAAUGAAAAACAUAGAGUGAGGGUGAAGUGCAAAAAUGCUAACUGUAAGUGGUUGUUAUAUGCUUCCAUUGACAGGGAUUCAUGUGAUUUCAUUGUGAAGAACUAUCAUCCUGUUCACAAGUGUAUUCCAUUAAACAGGAACAAGUUGUGUAAUUCAAAGUUAAUUGCUAGAAAGUUUAAUGACAGAAUUGUAUCUCAACCAGACAUAAGGAUUUGGGAAAUUCAAGAUUUGGUUAGAAAGACAUUGGGUCUUUAUGUUGGUAAGACUCUUUGUUACAGGGCUAAACAGAGGAUUAUGAAGGAAAACAUGGGUGAUUGGAAAGUGGAAUUUGCCAGAUUAUGUGACUAUGAAGAUAUGAUCAAACAAACCAAUCCUGGAAGCUCUUGUUGGGUAAAAAUUGAUAAGGAAACUGAACCAGGAAAGAACCUUUUUGUGUAUUUUUAUGUGUGCUUUCAUGCAUUUAAGCAAGGAUGGUUGGAGGGGUGUAGGAAUAUAAUUGGAUUUGAUGGUUGUUUUCUUAAGGGAGCUUGUAAAUGUGAGUUAUUAGUUGCUGUUGGAAAGAAUGGGAACAAUCAAAUGUAUCCCAUUGCCUGGGCAGUUGUGGAUACAGAAACAAAACAUAGUUGGAGCUGGUUCAUAAGGUAUUUAAUUGCUGAUCUAAACUUGGGAACUGGGGAAGGUUUGACUAUAAUGUCAGAUAUGCAAAAGAGUUGUUACCAAAUGCUGAGAAAAGGAUGUGUGCUAGACAUAUAUGGAGUAACUGGCAUGUGA